AUGAUCAUACAAGAUCAUCCUCUUGCAAGAAGGAGGUACUACAAUCGGGAACGUGAGCCUGGUGAGGCACGUUUGAUGCAAGACUACUUUGUUGAUAACCCAACGUAUGAUCAAUCAACCUUUCGGCAUAGAUUUCGGAUGCAAAAACCAUUAUUCCUACGUAUAGUGGCUGCCGUUACGGCCAGCGACAUAUAUUUUCAACAAAGACGUGAUGCCACAGGUAGACAAGGUCUUUCACCAUUGCAGAAGUGUACUGGAGCUAUGCGGGUGUUAGCGUAUGGGACAUCAGCAGAUGCACAUGAUGAAUAUUUUAGAAUGAGUGAAACUGUAACAAGGGCUUCUCUUAUAAAGUUCGUAGAAGGUGUUAUUUCAUGCUUCGGUCAAGAGUACCUUAGAAGGCCAAAUAAUGGUGAUUUAGCAAGAUUACUCCAUGUUGGGGCAUACCGUGGAUUCCCAGGAAUGGUAGGCAGUAUUGACUGUAUGCACUGGGAAUGGAAAAAUUGUCCCACUGCUUGGGCCAAGCAAUAUGCAGGUAGAAGCGGUAAACGAACAAUUAUUUUAGAAGUCGUUGCAUCAUAUGACUUAUGGAUAUGGCAUGCAUUCUUCGGAACACUAGGUACGUGCAAUGACAUUAAUGUCCUUCAGCGAUCUCCUGUUUUUGAUGAUGUGUGA